AGCGGCGGCUAGACCAGCUUCAGCCCAGCAGCACCCUGGUUCCUGAGACCCCCACUCCAGGCUGAAGGCAUUGCAGGCAGUCCAUGCUCCCCGGGGACGUGCGCAGAUGGGAUUAACGUCCACAUGGAGAUACGGACAAGGACCGGGGAUUGGCACUGGAGCCAUGGUCAGCUGGGGCCGCUUCAUCUGCCUGGUCAUGGUCACCAUGGCAACUGUGUCCCUGGCCCGGCCCUCCUUCAAUUUAGUUGAGGAUACCACCUUGGAGCCUGAAGAGCCACCAACCAAAUACCAAAUCUCCCAACCGGAAGUUUCUGUGGUCGUGCCAGGGGAGUCGCUAGAGUUGCGCUGCCUGUUGAAAGAUGCCGCCGCCAUCAGUUGGACUAAGGAUGGGGUGCACUUGGGGCCCAACAAUAGGACAGUGCUUACUGGGGAGUACUUACAGAUAAGAGGUGCCACGCCUCGAGACUCCGGCCUCUAUGCUUGUACUGCUGCUGGCACUGUAGGCAGUGACACUUGGUACUUCAUGGUGAAUGUAACAGAUGCCAUCUCAUCCGGGGAUGACGAGGACGACACGGAUGGCGCUGAGGACUUUGUCAGUGAGAACAGUAACAGCAAGAGAGCGCCCUACUGGACCAACACAGAGAAGAUGGAGAAGCGGCUGCAUGCUGUCCCCGCCGCCAACACGGUCAAGUUCCGCUGCCCGGCAGGGGGGAGCCCGACCCCGACCAUGCGAUGGCUGAAGAACGGGAAGGAAUUCAAGCAGGAACAUCGCAUCGGAGGCUAUAAGGUACGAAACCAGCACUGGAGCCUUAUUAUGGAGAGUGUGGUCCCGUCUGACAAAGGAAAUUACACCUGCGUGGUGGAGAAUGAGUAUGGAUCCAUCAACCACACGUACCACCUCGAUGUUGUGGAGCGAUCACCGCACCGGCCCAUCCUCCAGGCAGGCCUGCCUGCCAACGCCUCCACGGUGGUGGGGGGCGACGUGGAGUUUGUCUGCAAGGUGUACAGUGACGCACAGCCCCACAUCCAGUGGAUCAAGCACGUGGAAAAGAAUGGCAGCAAAUACGGGCCUGACGGGUUGCCCUACCUCAAGGUGCUCAAGCACUCGGGGAUAAAUAGUUCCAAUGCAGAAGUGCUGGCUCUGUUCAAUGUGACUGAGGCGGACGCUGGGGAAUAUAUAUGUAAGGUCUCCAAUUAUAUAGGGCAGGCCAACCAGUCGGCCUGGCUCACUGUCCUGCCCAAACAGCAAGCGCCUGUAAGAGAAAAGGAGAUUACAGCUUCCCCAGACUACCUGGAAAUAGCCAUUUACUGCAUAGGGGUCUUCUUAAUCGUCUGCAUGGUGGUCACUGUCAUCGUGUGUCGCAUGAAGACCACCACCAAGAAGCCAGACUUCAGCAGCCAGCCGGCCGUGCACAAGCUGACCAAGCGCAUCCCCCUGCGGAGACAGGUUUCUGCUGAGUCGAGCUCCUCCAUGAACUCCAACACCCCGCUGGUGAGGAUCACCACCCGCCUGUCCUCCGCGGCCGACACCCCCAUGCUGGCGGGCGUCUCCGAGUAUGAACUUCCCGAGGACCCCAAGUGGGAGUUUCCCAGAGACAAGUUGACACUGGGCAAACCCCUGGGGGAAGGUUGCUUUGGGCAAGUAGUCAUGGCUGAAGCAGUGGGGAUCGACAAAGACAAGCCCAAGGAGGCAGUCACCGUGGCGGUGAAGAUGUUGAAAGAUGAUGCCACAGAGAAGGACCUCUCGGAUCUGGUGUCAGAAAUGGAGAUGAUGAAGAUGAUCGGCAAACACAAAAACAUCAUCAAUCUCCUUGGCGCCUGUACACAGGAUGGUCCACUCUACGUCAUUGUCGAGUACGCCUCCAAGGGGAACCUCCGGGAGUACCUGCGGGCCCGCAGGCCGCCCGGCAUGGAGUACUCCUACGACAUCAACCGUGUCCCUGAGGAGCAGAUGACCUUCAAGGACCUGGUGUCAUGUACCUACCAGCUGGCCAGGGGCAUGGAGUACCUGGCUUCUCAGAAAUGCAUUCAUCGAGACUUAGCAGCCAGAAACGUUUUGGUCACAGAAAACAAUGUGAUGAAAAUAGCAGACUUUGGCCUGGCCAGGGAUAUCAACAAUAUCGACUAUUACAAAAAAACCACCAACGGGCGGCUUCCGGUCAAGUGGAUGGCUCCAGAAGCCCUGUUUGAUCGGGUGUACACGCACCAGAGCGAUGUCUGGUCUUUCGGGGUGUUGAUGUGGGAGAUCUUCACGCUAGGGGGCUCGCCCUACCCAGGGAUUCCCGUGGAGGAGCUCUUCAAGCUGCUGAAGGAAGGACACAGGAUGGACAAGCCGGCCAACUGCACCAAUGAGCUGUAUAUGAUGAUGAGGGACUGCUGGCACGCAGUGCCUUCCCAGAGGCCAACGUUCAAGCAGUUGGUGGAAGACUUGGAUCGAAUUCUCACUCUCACAACCAACGAGGACUACUUGGACCUCAGCCAGCCCCUCGAGCAGUAUUCACCCAGUUACCCUGACUCAAGGAGUUCUUGUUCUUCAGAUGACUCUGUGUUUUCUCCGGACCCCAUGCCUUACGAACCAUGCCUUCCUCAGUAUCCACAUGGAAACAGCACUGUUAACACAUGAACCCAGCCGGCCGCCUGUCCCCGUGUGGGGGCAGCGCCGGCAACCUGCCCGCCCCGAGCAGGGAGGCCAUGCCUCCCCGAGCUUGCUGUCUCUGCUUGUCUGUGGAUCCGAGGAGUGACUCAUUGUAAAUGCAGUCGGCAUGCGUGGAAAGCCGCGGAGGGCUGGAAACGCAUGAGCUUUGCUGCCAGCGUGUCUUUGGGGCCACGCACAGCCAUGUAGACCCUCUGAUCUGCGUGGUACUGGCUGAGGACCACUGGGGACUUGAGGCAGACCCGUGUUCUGCCAUCCUUGUUAAUUUUGUAAUAAUUGGGGAAAAUAUAUGUCAGCACACACUUACAGAGCACAAAUGCAGUAUAUAUAGGUGCUGGAUGUAUGUACAUAUAUUCAAAUUAUGUAUAAAUAUAUAUUAUAUAUUUACAAGGAAUUAUUUUUUGUAUUGAUUUUAAAUGGAUGUCCCAGUGCACCUAGAAAAUUGGUCUCUCCUUGUUUUUUUUAAAAAAUAGCUAUUUGCUAAAUACUGUUCUUACACAGAAUUUCUUAAAUUUCACCGAGCAGAGGUGGAAAAAUACUUUUGCUUUCAGGGAAAAUGGUAUAACAUUAAUUUAUUAAUGAAUUGGUAAUAUACAAAACGAUUAAUCAUUUAUAGUUUUUUUGUAAUUUAAGUGGCAUUCCUAUGCAGACAGCGCAGCAGAAUGGUUCAUCUGUUGCUUGGACUUGACUGGUUAUUAGAGUCUUUGGAAAGAGAAGUAUUUACAAUAUAUGACUAAUUUGGAGAAAGUGAAGCAGGGAUUUAUUUGUGUUUCAACUCUGCUGUCUGAUGCUUGUUCUUGUACGACCCAAAUACCCGGAUUUAAAGAACGCGUUCCUGAAGAGUUGUUUGGGGGCCAACGCGCCAUCUCACGGGACUUCCUGAGGCGGAUGGUACCAGCAUCCUGUCCAAACGAUGCCUUAAUCCAUUCCCGGGACAGCCUUUGCAUGCAAGGACAGCACCCGGGGCCUUUUUCUGGUGGCCGCCAC